CAUCGACUAUCUCCACGAUGUCAUUAUGUCAAAAUCUUAGUCGUCGAUAGAGUAGAAAAGAUCCCAUGGAUCAAUGGGAUUAGUUCGAUCGCGAAAUAAUCUGUUUCUGCGAAGAUUUCUUUCCACGUCAUACAGCAUAAAGUAUACAGCAGCCAUCUUUAGCGAACCUCACGCGAGUUACAGGCGGGGAGGGCGGCCUCUACAUUUACGGGUGGAAUCACCCGCUAGAUAGUUUUCUUGCUUGUGCGUGUAUGUGUAAGUGUAUUUUUAAUUUUUUGGGUCUCUUUUUUUCUGAUUUGUAUCUACAUUUUUUUUUAUUAAACUUUUUAUUUGUACCGUUCGUUUCAUGUUUGUUGUGGUCUACGUUCAUCAAAGGAUCGAUAGGUACGUCGUGUCCCACCUGUGGCUGAUCGAGUGGGUGUGUGUUGAUGUGGCUGUGUGAGCAGCUGUGAGUGUACAUCUGGCGACGCUGAGGGCGACCCGCGACAGUCACGACGAAGCAUCAUCAUCAUAUAGGAGCUUGCAAAGACUGGUGACGUGGGAACAAAGUGAAAGGUUUGUGGUCUCCGAGUUCACUGGACCUAACAACUUGUGACUUUUACCUGUGGGGCAACGGGAGGGCGACAGAUAAUCCACAAAUACUAGAUGACCUGAAGAACAACACUCGCAGUAUCUCAGCGACGGUCACAAAAGACACAGCCGGACAUCACUUUCCACAUCUCUUGUACAAGGGAUGGUUUUCAAAAUGAACUAGGAGUUUAUAACUUGCUUAACAUUGGAACCUACAAAAAUUCCUCAUCAAACAUGGCUGCUACUAAGAAUAACAUGACGUGUGCAGUGUGCACAGAAGUUUACACAUCACCGAGGUUUCUGCCCUGUUAUCACACUUUCUGUCUACCGUGUCUAGAGGAGCUAGCAAGAAAACAUCAUGGAGACAUCAUCCCGUGUCCUACCUGUAGAGCUCCUGCUACUGUACCGCCAGGUGGUGUGUGUGAUCUACAAGUCAACUUCUACUUCACUAAGAAAGCUCUGGAGAGGGCACGCAAUGAGGGAAGUCGCUCCAUGUGUCCUGUACACCCUGAAGAAUGUAUCGUAUUUCAUUGUACACAGUGUGACCAAGCAUCUGUAUAAGAUGUAAACUCACUAAACACUAUGGGCACCUGACCGAAGAUUUUACAGAAACCGUUUCUUGCUGUAAGAAAACGAUUGAAAAAAAUAUUAAAUCUUUUAAGGACCCCAUCACUCGCUUAAAAAACAAAUUGGAAUCUUGUAAACAAAGCGAGAUGCGAGCCCUAGAAAAGCGAGCUGCAGUAGCGGAACAGAUUCAAGACCGGUAUAAAGUCAUUGUGGCCAUGGCAAGAGAAUAUCGUGACAAAGCGCUGCAAGAACUCAAGCAAGCUUCCGAUACUUUGCAGAAAUAUUUGGCCGCUGACACUCAGCGAGUACAGGAUGAGCUCAACUCACUUCUGCAGCUUCAAUCCCGCGCUCAACACGCGCUGAGUUCGGCCUGUGGCACGGAGGUCCUGCAGGUGGAGAGAGAGAUGACACCGGGAGAAUUAAGCGCCGAGCGACUGAGAGAACGAGAAGCUGAACUACCUGUCCACACUUACCGCCCUGUACUCUAUGGUGACUUCUAUAACUACAUUGAGGACCACUACAUGAAAACAUUUAUCGGGUCACCAGUCCAAUUGAGUUUUCCAACUAAGAAAGCCGUAGAAAUUGUUAGAGUGGGUCGAUGUGGCGAUAGAGGAUGUCGGGAAGUGCAUGCUUUGGGGCAGCGAAAGGACGGACGUAUCGAUGUGUUUUAUGGGGGAGCAGGAGGCGACUACUCUAAAGAGAAAGGCGUGUGUUUUAACUCUAAUGGUCGUAGAGGACCUGAGACAGACUACGGUACGCGGAUAUCAUACAUUUCACGUGGGAAUAGAAUUUUCCGAUGGAAUGAGUUCUCAUUUUGUGCUCUUCCUUCUAAGAACAAAUGUCUGCAUUCUUUAGUUCAGGACUUUGAAUCAGGUGUACUUCAUAUAGUUUCAAUCAAUUGGAAAAAAAGAGAUUACAAGGAAAGGAUCUCUGUAUUAUUGACCCCAAAGAUACACAGGGUACAUAACUUUGAUUCAAACGAGCAAGGAACGUUUUUUGCUUUAGUAGAUGAAGAUGAAGGUGAGAACACAAAUGAUGAACUAGUAAAGAUAAAUAAGAGUGAAGCGGGUAGCCGGGCAUCCCGUGUAGUACGUCUCUAUUCCAAGAAAUCCAACGACCCCAUAGCGACCUUCACGCAAAAGAACUUCUUCCCAUCAGACGUCUGCUUCUAUGGCAAAGAUGUGCUGCUGAUCGCUGAUUGGAUGAACGACUGUGUGCACGUGACAAGAGUAUCAGACCGUGGCAUCGAGUUUGUCUGCUUCCUUCCUGGCAGUGGUGACAUGGUGCGGCCCACAGCUCUGAACCUUGACCUUAACGGUCAGCUGCUAAUUGGAUGUGGGGAUGGCUGGGUCCUUAGAGUACCUGUCGACUACUAGGACAGAUUUCCAGAUGACAUUUUCUAUAGUAUAAGGGAGUAUACAG